AUGAGGCUCCAUUAUCUGCUAUUUGCAUUCCUCAUCUUGUUCUUGGUGCCUGCUCCAGGCGAUGCAUUCAUCCAUAAAACCCUCCGAAAAAUAUACUGCAAAAUAAGAGGCGGCCGGUGUGCUCUGUUUAGCUGUAUUAAAACGGAAGAACAAAUAGGCCAGUGUUCUAAAAGAGGUCGGAAAUGCUGCCGGAAUAAGAAGUAG